CCUGAGUUAGACACAUCAGCUCGUGGUUGUUGCUCUCAUCAGGAAAAAUCUCUCACGAACCAUUGACACUGAGGAGCAUAUUUCUGCUGCAUUCGUUUCGAACUUGUUCGUUGCUUGCCUGCAGUAAGACUGAACUUCACUACUGAAGAGACUAUAAUUCUCUCAGCUAUGGGACAGAAAGAGAUUUCAGUUGCUGUUCCUGCUGAUUCCGCAGCUCAAGGACAGUCCAUGCAAUUCCCGCACCUGGAUGAGACUCUUGAAAUUCUAAAGACGAGUGAUAACAGAUCAAUACUUGACAGAUACAAGUGGGAGACAUCUCUCCGUGAUGGCAUGCAGGAAGCGGGAUCUAAACCUGCAUUCGUCUUCCCUGUGAUGGACAUGAAACAUCAGUCCUCACAAGACCAUGCACUCCGUGAAAGACUGGUGAAAGAUAUUGGCCUUGCUGCUGAAGAAUGGGGUUUCUUCUUGGUGAAGAAUCAUACAAUUCCGAGGGAUUUGAUUGACAAAAUGAUGUCCUACGGUCACAAUUUCUUCUCUCUGCCCAAGGAAAAGAAGGAGGAAGCUGUGUUCAAUCUUACAGUUCACCCCGGAAAGAAUCCUUAUUAUCAAGGUUACGGCGGAAGAUUUCAGCAUCUUCAAGAAAAAGUUCCAUGGUUGGAACACCUCGGUGAACUUGAGCAUCCGGUUUCCGGAGUCAAAAAUCUUGCUUCCAUUCUUUGGCCUGAAUCGAAUGAAAGCGCUUCAUUCUGUGAAGCUGUGAAGACCUUCAGCGAAGCCAUACGCCAAUUGGGUAUACAGAUAUUUGAGCUCUUGGCAGAGCAUCUGAAACUUGAAAGAGAUUUCUUCUCCAAGCACUUCGCAGAAGACAAAGCAUACCAGACUAAUUGGCGUUUCAAUCACUACCCUCCGUGUCCUGCUCCUGAUUUUGUGUUGGGCCUAGGACCCCAUACCGACCCCAACGCUCUCACUAUAAUAGUUCAGGGUGACGUUGCUGGUUAUCAGUUACUGAAAAAUGACUUUUGGUUCCAAGUAGAGCCCGUCCCGGACACACUGCUCGUAAACAUCGGCACUGCAUUACAGACCUGGACGAAUGGAAGAUUUUCGAGCGUAUUGCACAGGGCGGUGGUCAAUGAAAAAAAAGCACGUCUGUCUAUUUUAAACUUCUUGAGUCCUGCAAAGGACACCCCACUGGAGCCCCAUCCUUCACUCAUCGACGCCGAACAUCCCCGAAAAUCCGAUAGUAGAGAUUGGACACACUUGUUUCAGCCAAAGCUGUCUUAAGUUUAUCACGGACUGCUCUUAGCUCGGGAGGUAUAUCGCACGUAGAGAACCAUGUUUGACAACACGAGUUGUACAUAACUAGAUAGGUCUGAUAAAAAUAGGAUGUGGUCUACUCUACAUCUGUGUAUACUAUAGGAAGUAAGUAGUCUGGUCAUAUGUUAUGGGUACAAAUAUGUAGAUAAAUGCUGCUCAUUGUAAACUUCUUGAUUUCUCAUCAUUGAGAAAUGGAGGGAGAGAAUAGUGACCUGAAAAACAUACCCUUCUGAUUUGCAAUAAAGUACGACAUGACAAUGAUGAUUAUGAAUCCUGGA